AUGGAACACAGAAGAUUGCGCAAAGGGCCGCUGCCUGGAGGUCGUCAGGGCGCGUCUGGAGCUGGCGCUGGACGCGACAGCAUGCGAACCGCCAGCCGAGCGCGAGGUGCUGCACGACCACCCAGCAGCCUCUCGCAUCCAUCAUCCCCACCAGCUUGCUUGGUGUCGGCAGGGUCUUCGCAGACCCAGCAAUCGGCACCCGCCACUGGUGGAGUACGCCGCAUGCGAUGGACCAUCAAUAUGAAUACAAACGCAUUGCGGGCGUAUUUUAGGGCGAAAGGGGGAGAAAUUAGAGGUUUCGCGCAUCGGGUUAGGAUGCAUCGUCUUUUUACUGAGCUGGAGCCAUCUAUUACUGUCACCGAGCAAAACCUGGCAGACCGAGUUCGGUAUAUCUUACGCUCAAAUAUAUUUGAUGGCGCCGAACUCGAACGGCUACGACGUGAGGCUGUUCCCUCAUCAAAUGAAAACGCUACGACUGGGGGUGCGGUGCCACAAGUUGCAGAACAACCCGCACACGUGGAUGCCACCAAGAAUACCCCAGUGGUUGCUGAUUUAAAUGAUGAUGGAACAUUCACCCAGGAACUAGAAAUAGAGCAAAUGAGGAGUACAUUGGAAGAGGCGAUUAUGGAAACGCGCAGUACGCCUCUCGAAAAUCGACCGCGACUUCCCCGCAUAGCCCUAAGCAAGCGGAAUCGGGCUGUCGUGAGGGCUCUGAACCCAAUGCUGGUGACCUAUUUGGAAGCCAGCCGGGACCUUUGCGAGACGGACUCAAUUCUCUUUGGCGCCGCACUGGCAGUCUGCCGUAUUAUAGGCGCCAAACUUUCCACGGCUGGACGCACUACUGGACAAAGUAGUGCUAUCCCAGCCUGGAGAACAAGAAUUGAAGAACGUAUCGCAAAGGCUAGGGCCCUCAUCGGCAGACUGAUAUGCUUCAGGUCAGGCAAUACCAGGCCAAGGAUUGUGCGCACCGUCAGGAUGGCGUUUGCUGGGACAAAUGUUAGUUUGUCCCAGCCGGAUAUAAUGCAAAAACUGACGGAGCGCAUAGACGACCUGAAGCAAAGAAUCGCUGCUUGGGGAAAGCGAAUUCGGCGAUAUACCGAGAGGUCGACACGGUUCAACCAGAAUCGUCUCUUCCAGAGUGAUCAGAAGAGGCUCUAUAAAUCAUUGGAGCGACCAGUGGUAAGUGGAACGGGCCCAGUACCGAAUCAGGCCGACAGGGUCGCAUUCUGGCGCAGCCUGUGGUCAGAGCCCGUAAACCACAACGAGGGCCCUUAG